UCCUCAUACGCUGAGCGCAGUUAAACUUUCUAUCACAGUUCAAUUCAAACGCUCAAGACAUCACUGCAUCGCCAUGGCUCCAAGCAAAACCCAAGAUCUCGAAACGCCCUUCACUACUGGUGCCAUCGGAACCGAUGUGCCCUUCUGGCGCUCUUACAUCGCCGGUCGUCCCUCCCCAACCGAAGACUUCUUCGAACUCAUCAACGACUACCACACGAAACACGGUGAUCCCAACACCGGCGUCGCACACGAUGUCGGAACCGGACCAGGCAACAUCGCUGAGCGACUUGCAAAAUACUUUGACCACGUUGUUGGUUCGGAUGUCAACGACGCUGCACUGGCCGCCGCCCCGGCCAUCGUGUCAAAGGAGCACCUGCAACGCAUGACCUUCGUUAAGUCGCCAGCCGAAGGGCUCGCCGCGGCACCGAUUCCGGAGGACGUCGGCAAGGGCAAGACCGACUUGGUCGUUGUGAGCGAGUGCAUGCCUCUUCUCGACGCGCCCAAGGCACUGGAAGCUUUCCAUACGCUGCUUCGUCCCGGAGGCACAGUCGCCAUCUACUUCUACGCGCGACCGAUCUUCACUGGAGACGACGCCGACAAGCUCAACGCUAUCUACGACAAGAUCGCCACCCGCAUCUGCACCUUCCUCCUGCCGUUCAAGGGCACGCCCGGCUUCCCCUUCCACGCCCGCGGAGCUGAAGCGAUGGGCAGCUGGCUCGACAACAUUGAAUUCCCCGCCAGCCACUGGAGCAAUGUACAGCGGCACAAGUGGAACAACGACAUCCCUCUUCUCUUCAACAGCAAGGAGGGCUACGACUUUGAAAUUGAGCGAGUCGACCGAACGGGCCCGGAAGACGUCAAGAAGGAGGUGAUUGAUCGCGGAUUCUGGGCUGAGGAGUGGGAUGCCGAGCGUGUUGCGGGCUAUUUGGCUUCGGUGUAUCCAAACUACCGUAAGAAGGCUGGUGAGCGAUACUCGGAGAUUGAGCAGAUGGUGGAGGAGCUGCGUGAGGCUAUGGGAGGGAGUGGGGCGACGAGGACGGUUUCGUUCCCUGUUGUGCUUAUACUGGCGACGAGCAAGUAGAGCAUCUGAUGCUUCGCUUGGUCUUGGUAGCUACACCAUCUCUAGGAUCUUUGCUAGCGCAAUAAAUCAAGCUU